GGAAGAUGAUACACGAUGGAUUUGUCUCGUCCUUAUGGAUAUGCAUGUUCACAUUUCCUCUCAGAUUAUGACAAGAGCUCCUCUUUGUCAUGCAAGCUGAUGACGGAGAAUGAGUGCUGGAUCUCUUUUAAUGUGGUGGGAAGUGAGACAGGGACCACUGCGUACAAUCUCCAGAUGUACGGUUGCCCGGAGCCUCCGAACAUCCCCAUGAUCAUUCUGGGUGUCUCCCUUUCCAUUGUGUGUAUCGGCCUGAUCCUGCUGGCUGUGUGGAAGGUGCUGGUGUCGGUGCACGACCGUAAAGAGGUGGCCAAGUUUGAGGCUGAGAAGGCAAAGGCAAAAUGGCAGUCGGGGACCAACCCUUUGUUCAGAAGCUCGACGUCUACUUUUAAAAAUGUAACUUACAAGAACACGCAGAGAGAAAAGAUUAUAACCGUGAAUGCCUACUGAUGACUACUGAACUGGGGACAAUGCAAACCAACACCUGAGUGCACUUAAGUGUGUGUAUGUGUAUGUGUGUGUAUGUGGAUAAUAGACUGUAUAUAAAGAUGGACGACGUGCCUGCUCCCUAAAAUUGAUUGCCCCCUGGUAGUCGCCUGCUUUAUAGGUCAUAAACUCUGCCUUCUCCAUGGUAGUGGAUGGGACAUGGACCAAACUAAAAGUGAUAGUAUUCAUCAAAUACAUUUUUCUCAAAGAUUUUAGGUAGUUCUAAUCACACUGAUGUUUGUUCAAGCAUUUUUCUGGUAGGUUUGGUUUUAAUAAGUCAUUAGAUGCUAUAAAAUUGGGAUAAAAGCUGAGACUGACUCACAAUUGGUGGUGGGCGUGAAUCGGCUGGAACUCGUCACCGCUACCUCUGGCUUCAACCUCUCAAGCUGGCAGAGUUUGUAUUAGGCCUUUGGCUUCAUUUUUUGGAUAGUGUAGCAAGUGGAGACGUGUCGUCCACCUUUAUUUAGAGUUUGUUGUGUGGAUCUAUCUGUGUUGACUCAGAGAUGUUGGAACACAGUGAACGGAUGAACGUUACAUGAUGAACUUGCUGCUGUAAAAGUGCACUGUCCAUGUACUAAACACUGCACUCUCCUGUUGCAUGAUCCUGCAAACUGACGUUUGUCCACUGUAACAUGCAGCUUGAAAGGAGGAGUCUACACUACGAGUGGUCUACUACUGAAAAAAGUCUUUAAUUUUAAUGAAUGUAAAUAUGCAGGUGGAUGAUUGUGAUUUUUUAAAAUAUUGUGCUUGAUGUUUUAUUUCAAAGCAAGGCUGAGCCUUCAAUGUUUUUUAGUGACAUGGCACAUAAAUAAAGCAAAGUUCUGA